AUCACAAUUUUUUGUAGUUUUCCAAGCUUCAGGAGUCUGAAAUACUUCCGCCAAAUGGCUGGAGAAACAUUAUUUUUCAAGGGCACAAAAUCUCGUGUUAUUUUUCUUGCUUUCUGCCUGGUGGGCACAUGUUUAUUGGCUGAGGCUGAAGUUCAUAAUUUGACAUGGGAGGUGAGCUAUCAGUACAAGUCUCUUGACUGUUACAAGAAACUUGCUAUUGCCAUCAAUGGAGAGACUCCAGGGCCUACGAUUAAUGCAACCGAAGGCGAUACAAUCAUCGUCAAUGUUAAGAAUAAUUUGUUGAUGGAAAAUCUUGCUAUCCAUUGGCAUGGCAUCAGACAGUUUGGAACUCCUUGGAGUGAUGGAACAGAUGGAGUUUCACAGUGUGGAACAAUGCCUGGUGACACCUUUGUUUACCAAUUUGUUGUCGAUAAGGCAGGAACGUAUAUGUAUCAUUCGCAUUACGGAAUGCAGAGAGAAUCUGGGCUAUAUGGUUUGAUUGAAGUCUCUGUUCCUUCAGGAACCAAAGAGCCCUUUACAUAUGACGGUGAGCAUGGAGUUGUCCUAAGUGAUUGGUACCAUUCAAGCUCUUAUGAGCAAGCCACAGGCCUGACUUCUAUACCCUAUGUCUGGAUUGGGGAGCCUCAGUCGCUUCUAAUAAAUGGAAGAGGAAAGUAUGAUUGUGCAAAUCUUGACGCCAGUGUUUGUAAUGCAACAAAUCCUGAAUGCGCUCCAUCUUCAUUUACAGUAUUCCCUGGAGAAACAUACAGAUUCAGAAUUGCUAGCUUAACUUCUUUAUCAGCUCUUAGUUUCCAAAUAGAGGGCCACAACAUGACUGUGGUUGAAGCUGAUGGCAACUACGUGGAGCCAUUUGCCACAGAAAACCUGUACAUUUACGCAGGAGAAACAUACUCAGUUUUAGUCACAGCCAAUCAAAGUUCCUCCAGCAAUUACUGGAUCACCACAAACGUAGUCAGCAGAAAUGCCUCCACACCAAUCGGCCAAGCCAUCCUGAACUACAAUCCCAACCAGAACCUCAUAACCCCCAACACAACUCCGCCUCCAGGGCCUCUCUGGAACGACGUAGACGCCCGGAAAAACCAAAGCCUGGCCAUCGAGGCCCGCCAGGGCUACAUCCAAAUCCCACCGCAUCCUGACAAAGUCAUCGUCCUCUUGAACACUCAAAACAAGGUCGAUGGCUACACCAAAUGGGCCAUCAACAAUGUGUCACACACUCUCCCGGAAACCCCCUACCUCAUAGCCCUGAAAAAAAACUGGCUCAAUGUGUUCGAUCAGACGCCGGCGCCUGAGAGCUACGACUACGAAAACUAUGACAUUUUUAGUGUCCAAAACAACACCAAUGCUACGACAAGCUCAUCCAUUUACAGGCUGGAGUUCAACUCAACAGUGGAUGUAAUUUUACAGAAUGCGAACACGAUGACUGCGAACAACAGCGAGACGCAUCCCUGGCAUUUACACGGGCAUGAUUUCUGGGUGCUGGGAUUCGGAGAUGGUAAAUAUGACAUGAAAAAUAAUGAUGCAAACUACAAGUUCAAGAACCCGAUAAUGAAGAACACGGUGCCAUUGCAUCCGUACGGGUGGACGGCGUUGAGAUUCCAGGCGAAUAAUCCUGGAAUCUGGCUGUUUCAUUGCCACAUUGAGGCGCAUUUCUUGCUGGGAAUGUUGGUAUUGUUUGAGUCAGGAUCCUCGAUGGUCUCGGUGCCGCCUCAGGCGAACAUGGGGUGUGGGAAAACCAAGAGCUUGAUGCAACCAUAGGUUAAAUUUUUUUAAUAAAUUUAUGUAAUGCAUGAUUUCAGAAGGAAAAUUAAGUGGGUUUUGCUUCUGAAUUAAUUAAUGUUUUGGUGGUUAUAUCCACAACAAUGUUGAGAAAUCUUAAUAAAUGAAAGGUGUAAACCUUGGUUUUUCUUCAGGAUUAA